AUGAAGUUUAGCACAAUGUUUUACAUUGUGUUUGACCUGAAUGGCAUGCUGGAGAAAACAAUGAAAGGAGCGGACAAAGCGAUUGUGGCAAAGUCCUUUGGAAAAUGGAAAAGCAGCUCUCUAAGGUCCAGGACCAUGGAGAAGCCGGAUGAGCCGUCCGAGGAGAGUAAGGAGGAGAGCCUGUCCAACUGCACCUGUGAAGCCCCCCAACUCGGCAAGAAACCAGUUGAUAAUGAAUUACAUGAUCACUUCCUGAGAGACAACAAGCGUGAAAGCGUCAACCGGGGUGAACACAGUGGAUCUGGCGUCUUAUCCUACAGAGCGCUCGGAAAACUACAAUCAAAGAUGGAUUCUGAAGGCGAGGAGCAAACCUUGAAAACGUGUAGCACAGGGCUGGCCGACUGCAGCGGCGAGACUCACAGCCCAUAUGGGCCCAUGGCGAGGAAGAGGAGUGCUCAGGAAGGGGUGCAGGGUGCCCCCGUCAACAAGAGAAAGUCCCUGCUGAUGAAGCCCCGCCACUACAGCCCCAGCGAGGCAUGUGAAGAGGAGAGUGAGGACCUGGCACCGCCACAGGACAAAGAAGAGCUGAGGAACAUUGACACUCCAGCAGAUGGAAACUUGAGCGCCGUCAACGGGGUGGUCAACAAAAAUGGCUGCCACGACGCGGCAGCGAAGUCCAGCAGCUCGCUCGGAUGGUCCGAAGUCACGUCUGACGGCUCCCCGCAGUGUGAGCCGGACGCAUCCGAGCCUCUGAUGGACGACGAUGACGAGGAGCUCCUCAAUAACGAAGAAGAAGACCAAAGUCAAGACAGGAUGAGCAGCGCGUCGUCGCCGCAGAGUCCCUACAGAGACAUGAGGGAGGCCGAGUGGGAGCCUCUGUCCCUGUCUGCGAAGGUGAACAGCUCAAACUGCAGCCCCUCCAGAGCCUCGGAGGACCUCUCCAGCAGGAACGGCCACGUGAAGGAAGAGCCUCACCUAGAACUGGGCGGUCCGAUGGGUCGGGCGGGUAUUUUCCAGGCCGAAGCUUUAAGAUACAGGCUGCUACCCACCGAGGAGGACAGCGAGGGGGAGGCGGAGGUGGAGAGGCCGCCCCGGCUAGACAGCUGGGCCCUGGGCCUCCACGAGAGAGGCCUCGAAAUGAGCCGAGGGAGAGUGAACAUGAGCCUGUUGGAGCAGGCCAUAGCCCUGCAGACGGAGCAACGGCAGGUCCUGCACCACGCCUACAGAGAGAUGGACCGCUUCCUCAUGGAGCAGAUGACCAACGAGAGGAGGCACCAGAGGAUGAUGGACAUGGACAGACUCAACUAUCACGGAGGAAAAGAUUCUCCACGGACGGAUAAAAAGGAUAUAAAGUGUCCAACUCCUGGCUGCGAUGGCACCGGUCACGUGACGGGCCUGUACCCACAUCACAGGAGCCUGUCUGGGUGUCCGCAUAAAGUCCGAGUUCCCCCGGAGAUCCUGGCCAUGCAUGAGAACGUCCUCAAGUGCCCUACACCCGGGUGCACAGGAAGGGGCCACGUCAACAGCAACCGUAGCACCCACCGGAGUCUCUCCGGCUGCCCCAUCGCUGCUGCAGUGAAAGUCUCCAAACCUCAGGACGAGAGCCUGAAAUGCAGACAAACACCUGACCGCUCACCGAGAGCCAUCGGCUUAAUAAAGAAGUUUGAGAUGAACCAGUUGAACUACAGGCUCUCUCAUCCAGUAGCAGCCUUGCAAACUAGCCUCACAAAAGACAUGGACAAGUACAGCAGAAUCCGCUUUGAUUACGCCAGCUUUGAUGCACAAGUCUUCGGCAAACAGCCUCUGAUGGGGGCCAACCAGGACCAGGAAAUGCCCCAUUUUCCUGACUCACCUCAGCAGUAUCCUGGCUUCCUUGGUGCUCCAGGUGGCCGCCUGCCCACCUCUGGUCAGCACAGCCCGCCGAGUCAAUUCAAAAAAGAAGAUGGUCUCCAAGCCGCAGCGGCGACAGCCGCCAUCCUUAACCUCUCCACUCGCUACCGGAAGAACAUGGAGGCUGUCGCCGGCCGGCCCCUGGCAACCUCCACAAAGGUAAUCAAAUUAGACCACUUGGAAAGCUGGCAUCAGGAGGAUUACGAUCAGGUCUCCUUGGAGGACCAGCACUAUCAAGGAGACGGCAGUAUGAUGAGCGCCAAAGCCAAGCUGCUAUUACGAGAUUCAAAGAAGGAGCUUUUGAGCUGUCCGACCCCAGGCUGUGACGGCAGUGGCCAUGUGACGGGGAAUUAUGCAUCACAUCGGAGUGUGUCUGGAUGUCCCCUGGCUGACAAAACACUCAAAUCACUGAUGGCAGCCAACUCUCAGGAACUAAAGUGCCCAACACCUGGUUGUGAUGGAUCUGGACAUGUGACUGGGAACUAUGCUUCGCACAGAAGCUUGUCAGGAUGUCCACGUGCCAGAAAAGGAGGUUUGAAGCUCACACCAAACAAGGAUGACAAAGAUGAGCAAGAGCUUAAGUGUCCAGUAAUCGGAUGUGACGGGCAGGGCCAUAUAUCGGGAAAAUACACAUCCCACCGCAGCGCAGGCAGUUGUCCACUGGCUGCCAAAAGACAGAAGGAGUCGUCCAUCAAUGGGCUGCCCUUUGCCUGGAAGACCAAUAAACAGGAACUGCCCCAUUGUCCCUUGCCUGGCUGCAAUGGCCUUGGACAUGCCAAUAAUGUGUUUGCCACUCACAGAAGCUUGUCGGGUUGCCCACUGAACGCACAGAGCAUCAAGAAGAAGCACUCAGAAGAGGAGAUGAUGACGAUCAAGCUGAAAGCCAGCAGCGGUGUCGAAAACAAAGAGGACAUCCAACAUCUGGAUCACGAAAUCAAAGAACUGAAUGAGUCUAACAUGAAAAUAGAAGCAGACAUGAUGCAACUCCAAACCCAGCAGAUCUCGUCUAUGGAAUGUAACCUGAAGACAAUUGAAGAGGAAAACAAGAUGAUCGAACAGCACAACGACAGCCUCCUGAAGGAGCUCGCCCGCCUUAGCCAAGCUCUCAUUAACAGUCUUACAGACAUUCAGCUGCCUCAAAUGGGACCCAUCAGUGAGCAUAAUUUUGAAGCCUAUGUGAACACAUUAACUGAUAUGUACAACAACUCGGAGCAUGAAUACUCUCCAGAGUGCAAGGCCCUCUUGGAUAAUAUCAAACAGGCUAUUAAGGGCAUCCAUGUUUAA